CUCGCACACCACACGCCACCUAGUGGUGGUGUGUUUGACUGCACCGGCCAGACUCCAGUUUCCCGGUCGAGCAGUUUCUGAGUCUGGGGUCAGGACCAAGUGUCGAGUUCUCCAUCUGUGUUUAGCGUCGACAGCUGUCUGCGCACACAGUUCUAGCCCGAAUAGUAUGGAUCAGGGAGUCUAAACUGUUGUUAACAUUAGCGGUGGGAAUCCCAUGGCGCUAUGGUUCUGCUGGUGUCACUCCAUAACCCCACCCUCUCUUCCCACCCUUCCCCACCCUUCCCCCAUCCAGGUUCGGCAGACCUGCACCUGCAGAUGUUCCCCACGCCGCCCUCCCUGGAGCAGCACAUCAUGGGCUACUCCCCCAUGAACAUGGGCAGCAAGGAGUACGGCAGCAUGGAGGCCGGCACGGGCCUCACCUCCCUGGACGGCACGUCGGCCCUGGGGGGCCACUUCAAGAUCGAGGUGGAGGAGAGCUUCUGCAGUCCCAAGCCCUCGGAGGUCAAGGACUUCUCGUUCGUGUACAAGCCCGAGCUGUGCCAGGCGUUCGUGGGCUGCUCCAUGUUCGCCCCCCUCAAGACCCUGCCCAGCCAGUGUCUGCCCCCCAUCAAGCUGCCGGACGAGUGCAGCUACCGGCCCAGCUGGACGGUGGGCAAGCUGGAGCUGCUCGCUCCUGCGCCCGCCAUGACCUUCCUCAACAAGGACAGCAACAUCCCCAGCGUGGGCAGCGCCAUGGACCAGGACUACAGUCAGAGCUACACCCCCCAGACCCACACCCCCUUCAUGUCCAACAGCGCCCCGCCCAGCAACAGCAACGCCGGCAUCCUGCCCUCGCCGGCCACGCCGCGCUUCUCGGCCCCCACGCCGCGCACCCCUCGCACGCCCCCGCACGCCCCGCGGGCCCGCCAGCGUCCAGGGCUCGCUCAAGUACGAGAACUCGGACCUGUACUCGCCCGCCUCCACGCCGUCCACGUGCCGGCCCCUCAACUCGGUGGAGCCGGCCACCGUGUCCUCCGUCCCUGA